GAAAGGAAAGAAAAAAUGUAUCCCGUGAAAUUGGAUGCGUUAUUGUCGGUGGAUAAACGUACUAUAGAAAGCGAUGCAGACACUUAUUUUGAAAUUAUUCAAGAUGUGAAACCUAGAGAGAUUUCUGAUGUCAAACAAUUGAGGCAGCUUUUCAUAAUAACCCGAAUUUUAGCAACCAUCAAGGAAUGCCAACUGGAUGAAGCUAUAAAAAUCACAUUACAAGAUGCUAAAGACGGAGCUAAAAGAGUAAUUAAAGAACAGAAACACAAGGAGCUUCAUGCGCAAUUUGAACCUUUCAUCAGGCAAGCAGACUCGGUGUCAUUAAUUAGCAGUACUGAUUACAAUGUGGAAAGUCAUAUUAGCAAAUUGAAUCAGGAAAACCUACAACUUGAGCGGGAACUGAAAUUACAGAGAGAAAUUGCUGAAAAGUAUAGCAACGAAAUCACUCAAUUGAGUCGGACUAAAGAAGCUAUUAGACAGGAGAAAAACCUGAUGCGUGUUGAGAUCACUGAAUACAAGUCCCAAGUGCAUCUACAAUGGGAGCACUUUUUACACAAAAUGUCUGAAGAUCUGAAGGAAUGUAAGGAGAAUCUCAUAUUUAAGGAAAAAUUGUUGAAGGUUUCUACAGCUGAAAUUGAGAACCUGAACAGUAUAAUUCAGCAACAAGGAAAGAUGAAACAAAAGCAGGUAGCUGAGAUGAAAGAAAUGAAAGCAAAACUAAAUUCGAUAAAAGAAUGCAAUAUGAAGCUAGAGCAACUGCUGCAGGAGGAAGAUGCCAGCAAUAAAGAACUGAAGAAAGAAAAUAACAGGUUAAAGGAGGAGAUGUUAAAACUGAGAGAACGCCUGAAAAGUUGCAGUGCUACUGAUAAAGCUAUUUCAGAUCUGGUUGAUAAAAAAGUUGAAGAAUGGAAGCAAUUUAUUGAAAGUUUGAACAGAGAAACUGAUUACUACAAAACACAAAUUCAAAUACUGAAACAGAAAUUGGAGAACGAUAAAGAAAUAUUCAAACCAUCUUCUAUAGUGACUUUGUCUAAGGUAAUUGCAGAAAAGGAUCAAGUAAUUGACAAGCUGAAGAAACAAAAUGAAGAAAUUUCCUUCAAGCUAGCAGAGAAGAAACGAUUCUCUGGGAUAACACCUCAAAUGCUCUUCAAAGAAAGUUAUGGUGAAAAAGCUGUCGAGCCUGCCAAUGAAACAUGGCAAAGUUUGAGACAACAGGUAUUAGAUGCAGAGAAAUCCAGACAGGAGGCUGAAAGACAUGCUUUCGAAAAAGAUAAAGAAUUAUGCAAAGCCCAGAGGUUAAUAAGAAAAUACGAAAAAGAAUACGGGAUCGAGGAGGCAAAGAAAGAAAUAGAAAAUCUAGAAAAGAAAUUACAAAUGAAUGACAGAAAAAUAGAAAAUUUAAUCAAAAUAUUGAACCAAGAAAACAUGGCAGAUGAUUUUGACAGUAUCAUCGAUCUUUGAAAAUGGAAGGAAAAGAACUGGCAAAAAAUCAGUUUCAGUUCAAAUCGAGGUAAUGACCUGCUCUCCAAAAAUAUGCCUG